GAUUAGUUUGUUCCAACAAUGGAAACUUUCCCAUCAGCUUUCGAUUUCAAGACUUGUUCUACAAUAAAAUUAAAAAAAAAAAAAUGCUUCUUUGCCUCGUUGGAUCCCCUGUUUGAUGGAAUUCCUAUGAGGAAGAAGCAAUGCUUAUCCAUUCGUCAUUGUUUAAUUGAUUUUUCUCUAUCUCAAGAUGCUGAGAGCCUCCUUUGAUUCAGCCUAUAAGGUCAAUUUGUCUGAUUCUGGCAGACUCAACUUUCCAGAAGGAUCAUGCGUUUGUACUUUGUAGCAGUUCUUUUGCUUCCACGUUUGCUGCUUUUAUAAGGUGGAGAUUUGAUAAAGAAAUUGCUCACGUGUUUGGACCUAAAAAGGUGGGAUGGAUGGUCCUAGAAGCUUCAUGCUCAUGUUGAGAUGUCUUUAUUGUCAUCUGUUCACAUGAUUCCUGGAGGGGAACCCAUGGAAGAUCUUUUCUGCUCUCUGAUCAAAUCCAAUAACUGAAGCUUCAGCAAAAUCAUGGGGUAUGGUAAUUCAAAAUCUGUAAGAUUUCAAGAUGAUCCUGAAGUAGCAAAGGUCCCUACUAUUAAUGGAGAUGAAAUCCUCAAGCUUAAAUUUAAUAUUGAUGGAACACAAAUACCAAAGGGUAGCGGCCAGAAGAGGGAGGAGUUGUCUGGGAGGACUGGAAAUUUCUUGAAAGCUAAAGUAUUGUCCAGAGUUUUCUCUGAGGACUUUGAAGGCGUGAAGAAGAUUUUGGAUCCUCGAGGACCAAUAAUUCGAAGAUGGAACAAAAUCUUCCUAGCAGCAUGCUUGGUUUCUUUGUUUGUUGACCCUCUUUUCUUCUACUUACCUGAAGUCAGGGAUGAAGCCUGCAUUCAUAUUGGAAUACUGCUAAAAGUAAUACUUACUAUUGUUAGAUCCUUGGCUGAUAUCUUCUACAUAGUUCAGAUUUUCAUUCGUUUUCAAACAGCUUACGUUGCUCCUCCUUCUCGUGUAUUUGGGAGGGGAGAGCUUGUUAUAGAUUCCAGGAAGAUUGCUUCAAGGUACCUUAAUAAAGUCUUCUGGAUUGACCUCAUUGCUGCCUUACCCCUUCCUCAGGUAUUGAUUUGGAUUGUCAUUCCGAAUCUGAGAGGCUCAACAAUGGCCAACACGAAAAACGUGCUUAGGUUCAUUAUCAUUUUUCAGUACCUCCCUAGACUCUUCCUUAUAUUUCCACUUUCAUCCAAAAUUGUAGAGUCAACGGGUAUUGCAAUAGAAACAGCAUGGGCUGGUGCUGCCUACAACCUGAUUCUCUACAUGUUGGCAAGCCAUGUUUUAGGAGCUACCUGGUAUCUACUGUCGGUAGAGAGACAGGAAGCAUGCUGGAGAAGUGCUUGUGAUAUUGAGAGACCAUUUUGUCAACAUAAAUACUUUGAUUGCCAUUCGCUUAAAGACUCUAGUAGAACUUCCUGGUUCAAGUCAAGCAAUAUUACAAAUCUCUGUGAUCCAAAUGACAACUUUUAUCAGUUUGGCAUAUUUGGUGAUGCAUUGACAUUUGAUAUCACAACCUCACCGUUCUUCAACAAAUACUUUUACUGCCUUUGGUGGGGUUUAAGAAACUUGAGUUCCCUGGGACAAACUCUUGCCACAAGUACAUCUAUUGGGGAAAUAAUUUUUGCUAUCAUUAUUGCGACUCUUGGUCUAGUUCUCUUUGCAUUGCUAAUUGGUAAUAUGCAAACAUACCUCCAAUCAACAACCGUUAGGCUAGAAGAAUGGAGAAUCAGGAGAACAGAUUCAGAACAAUGGAUGCGCCACAGACAGCUGCCUCAGGAAUUAAAGCAAUCUGUUAGAAAAUAUGAUCAGUAUAAGUGGGUAGCCACUAGAGGAGUUGAUGAAGAAGCCAUUCUCCAAGGCCUUCCAUUGGACCUCCGGCGUGACAUCAAACGCCAUCUCUGUCUUGAUCUUGUGCGAAGAGUACCAUUGUUUGAUCAAAUGGAUGAAAGAAUGCUUGAUGCCAUCUGUGAGAGGCUUACACCAGCAUUGUCCACUGAGGGCACAUUCCUUCAACGGGAAGGUGACCCUGUAAAUGAGAUGCUCUUUAUUAUCCGAGGUCACCUUGAUUCUUACACCACCAAUGGUGGCAGGACAGGAUUCUUCAACUCAUGCCGGAUUGGCCCUGGUGACUUCUGUGGUGAGGAACUGCUGACAUGGGCAUUGGACCCUCGUCAAGGUAUCAUCCUCCCCUCCUCCACCCGGACAGUCAAUGCAAUAUCCGAAGUAGAAGCAUUUGCUCUUAGAGCAGAAGACUUAACAUUUGUGGCAUCACAAUUCAGAAGACUACAUAGUAAGCAACUUAGACACAAGUUCAGGUUAUACUCACACCAAUGGAGAGCAUGGGCUGUCUGUUUCAUUCAAGCAGCCUGGCGCCGGUUUAAGAAGCGAAAGGAAGCAGAUGAGCUCAGAGCCAAGGAGAACCUCCAAGCUGCUGAACAUCAACCACCCUCAACCGGUCGAGGCAGGACUAUGUAUGCAGCAAGGCUAGCAAUUAGCAACAUCAGGAGGGGUGCUUCACAUUCCAGGACUGAUUGUGGUGUUGUCAGCCCAUUGCGGAAACCGGAAGAACCAGAUUUUUCAGUAGAUGAUGAAUGAAUUGUUUCAUUAUUCAUUCAUCUAUAUACAUUAAAAUGUAAAAAAAUCUUUAUAUGAAUAAGUGAAGGUUAGAAAAUGAAGAAAGAGUUUAGAAAUCG